AUAUCUGUUGAUCCUAACCACCUGAAGUGUCUUGCCUUAAGAACCAAUCGCAUGCAUUAUCCAUGUUUUACGUUGAUUAUAAAGUAUAUUGUUAUUGCACGCGUCCAUCGCUGCUUUAAAGCACGUGGUUACUUCAAAGCGAAAUCCAGCUGCUGCAGCGGUGUAGUGGCGUCUAUAUUUGGAAACAGUCGUAAUACGCGUCGCCCUAACCGGUACAAACUGGUUUGGUAGGGGGAUGACAUUAUCGAGAUAGAAGCCGUUUGUCUAGGGACAAAUGAACUCCCUCCUAACAGGAAUAUAUCUAGAAAUUAGAGGAUAUCCAUAAAAUGACUGCCGGCUUUUUAUUGAGCUUCCCCACAAAUGAGCAGACUACCAGGCUACUACUGAUCCUGGAUCAGCAAUAUUUGUGACUGUAGGCACAUUUGCUAGAUUUUUUCAAGCGCAUCGUAAUAUGUCGAAUUGUCGUAUUUGCUAUAAUAUAGGCUACAACCUGUAAUGAAUCGAGCUUGCGCCAAAAUAUGCCAAAUUUACGGAUCGAUUGUCUUUGCUGAAGGUCACCGAGUGCUUUUAGUGAACUCAGGUAAGCUGGCUGUGUGGGAAGGAGAGAGAAAUACAAAUGCGCGACCCUGGUGACUCUCCUUGAAGUUUGUGAGGAUGAGAAGAGAAGAGCAGGAGAGAGGAAGAGUAAAAGACUGGCGGGAGAAGGCGGAACAAACCGGUGCCCGGAUACACGCUAUAACCGCUCUCCCGCACUGCAGAUUAACUCUUGACUCGCCGAGGAUGCUCAGUAUUGGUGUAAUGUGAGGUGAGGACAACCUAAAAGUAAACCCAGACUCACACUGGAUUUUAUGCCAUUCUACAUGGAUUAAGCACAGCAUUGAACAUGCAUCAGGAGCAGGAUAUUUGACCAAUACAAUGGUUCUACUGUGACUGUUUCCAUCUAAUAAUACACAGCCCUCAUAUAACAUCGCCCUUUACAUUGUGAUGGACAAGAACUUUUAGCCAAUAAGGUGGCAAGUUUGAGGGUGAACUGGUCAACUGUUCAACCAGGUGCAUCGUGGAUUUAGCUGUGGGCUUGCUCCAGUUGCCGGAUGCAGAACCUCUUUGAGCAGAACUUAGACAUGGCCACCGCUCUGCUUGCAGGGGAAAAGCUGAAGGAGUUGAUCCUGCCGGGUUCCACGCAGGAUGAGAAGGGUGGUGCACUAGCUGGACUCAUGGUGCAGCUCAAAUUGGAGCUGCCCUUUGAUCGAGUUGUCACCAUAGGAACGGUCAUCAUCCCUAUCUUAUUAGUCACUCUGGUCUUUACACGGAACUUUGCAGAGGAGUCAAUAUACUGUUACACGCCACACAAUUUCACACGUGACCAGGCCCUCUAUGCUAGAGGUUACUGCUGGACAGAGCUGCGUGAUGCUAUUCCUGGCAUCGAUCCUGACCUCCGACCCUCUCUGUUUGAGCAUAAGUUUCUGCCCUAUGCUCUGCUAGCAUUUGCUGGCAUCAUGUAUAUUCCAGCACUAGGCUGGGAGUUCCUUGCAUCCACACGCCUUACCUCUGAACUCAACUUUCUCCUACAAGAGAUUGACAACUGCUACCACCGUGCUGCUGAGGGGAGAGCCCCCAAAAUUGAGAAACAGAUCCAGUCCAAAGGGCCUGGGAUCAGUGAACGUGAGCGACGAGAAAUCAUUGAGAAUGCUGAGAAGGAGAAAAGCCCAGAGCAGAAUCUUUUCGAAAAAUAUCUAGAGCGGCGGGGGCAAAGUAACUUUUUAGCCAAGCUUUAUCUAGCCAGACAUUUAGCCAUCAUCUGUCUCAGUUCCAUUCCCAUCACCUACCUGAGCGCAUACUAUCAUCGGCAACGGCAAAAUGAGUUCACAUGCAUGCUCGGUGAGCCGCCUGACAUCAGCAGCAUACCUGAGCUGCGCCUCAGUGUGAACUGCAAACUGCCAGCCGUGCAGCUCCAGCGCAUUAUGGCUGCUGUAGACAUUGCACUGCUCUGCACCAUGAACCUCAUCAUUUUAGUUAAUCUACUGCAUCUGUUUGUAGUACGCAAGUCCAACUUUGUAUUCGACAAGUUGCACAAAGUCGGCAUCAAGACUCGGCGGCGUUGGCAGAAGUCUCAGUUUUGUGAUAUUAAUAUUCUCGCCAUGUUUUGUAAUGAAAACAGGGACCACAUCAAGUCUCUGAACAGGCUGGACUUCAUCACCAAUGAAAGUGACCUCAUGUAUGACAAUGUGGUGCGACAGCUUUUAGCUGCAUUAGCUCAGUCCAACCAUGAUGCCACACCGACCGUUAGAGACUCUGGAAUUCAGACAGUUGACCCCAGCAUGGAUCCGUCUGUUCUGGGAGUUGGAGAAAUGGGAGUAGAGACAGUUAUCAAAAGACCACGGAAAAAGAUCAAGUGGAUCCCUACAUCUAACCCUCUGCCACAGCCAUUUAAAGAACCUCUAACUCUGACCCGUUUGGAGAACAGCAUGAAAGCAGAAAAACCUAAACCUGUGCGAAGGAAAACAGUAUCUGAUACCAUCAUUGCUCCUAUACUGGACACCAAGAGCACACAACAUCCUCCUAAAGAUACCACAGCACACCUUCAGGGAUCUAGUGGAGUCCAUGCCUUGAUGGGUCAGGGCUGUUUUGGCAGCAAAAGUGGGACCAACACAAUAUUAGAAGCUAACAACGGGACAGAGAAGAAGCACAAUCGUAAUUUCUCCCUGGAUGUCCAUCCAUACAUGUCAACCAUCCAAAAGCCUAAAUCAGAAAUGAAUAAUCCACAGCCCCCAGCUACUGACCAUCCUCUGGACACUACGUACAUAGAGGGCACACACACUGUAGUCCAUGUCUCCUCAACGCUCACUGAAAAGCAUGACCCUCCACCUCAAUCCACCACCAGUGCAUUUUCCACCGUGACCCUAACCACCACCUCUUACAUGAAUGGAGGAACAACUAGUUUGCCUUCUUCAGAAUCACCCAAAACCAAUGAGCCUCUCAAAGCAAACCCAGAGCCUGUGAGUCAGCCUGCAGCCUACAGCUGUAACCCUUCACAUCCUCUGCUCAGCAUCCACCACACUCUCUAUGAGGAGGAGGAAGAGCAAGGCCACAGGGACAAAUUGGUGGAAAGACCUGGUGAGCUCAUCGCUGCCGGAGAGUGCUGAAGACGCGCACAAAAAGACAAGCACAUAUUCACACCUCUCAUUGUUUGACCUUGGCACCAAGCCAUAGAAGGGUAAAAUUGUUUCUAACCACCUCACAUGGAGCAGCAACCACACUGUUUCACCUACUGUGCCCUAGGUGGACAUGGUGAGGUCAGCAAUUCAUACUGUCCACCAGAGACAUUAAAAUGAUUGCACAUACAGGUAUUUAGAAAACAUCUUUCUUUGCUAGUAGACAACCAGUUACUGUAUAAUGAAACAUAUCACUCAAGAGGUCAUUUCCCGGACUAAGUACAAACACUGGUGCUCACUUGAACGGAAUGUUUCCCUCUGACAUUCCAAAGCUAAGGAUGGGUUACAUCAAUUAACAUUAAUAUAAGAAACAUGUUGUGCUUUAGACACCUCAGUGUACACAUCUUUACAUCCAAAACACAACUUUUCAAGUGAUUUUAUCCUACUGAUAUAUUGUUCUGUGGAUUUCAGCAGGUAUCCAAUGCAAUAUAGCAUAUUUAUUCCUUAAAUUAUGCAAAUGCACACAAUCCUUGUUGCAAUAAUAUGCAUAUUUAGAAUAUCCAUCCUGUAUAUACAAACCAUAUAGAUAUGUCUCAUUAUUUAAAUCAUGUGAUUCUUCAGCCAGAGGAUGACUGAUGUUUGUCAUAGUGUGGUUCAUAAAUUCAGAUACUAAUAGUGAGUAUUCUCAGUAACACCAAAUGAAUUCAUUUUGGGAAAUGGGUACUAUUACAUAUCAUAUGACACAACAGCAAAUACAGCACCUUUAUGUAAUGUAAUAUAGGCAUUUAAAUGCCUGGAGUUGUACAGGAAAACUGCAGCCUCUCCAGCAGAAGCACCAGCUGACCUUUCAUUACCUUUAGGGAUAAAUGUCACAUUGACACACUCAAAAUCCACCUCUUCCCCUGGCACACAGCUCAUAUUCCCUAUUGAAAAGAAACAAAAAAACACUGAUCUUUUUUUUUCAUAAGCCACUACAUUAUGAAGUACAUCUGUAAUUACCAAUGACACCUCACUCCAGCAUUUCCACAAGGCCAGUGCAACAUUUUAAUUGCAACUCUGGCGAGAACUCAGUAGUACCAAAACGCACAGAGACACUUUUAAUCUGUAUUCUUAUUACAUGUUUGAAUGUUGUCUGAAAAACUGUAAGACUUCAUAUAAUGUUAUAAUGUUGUAUUUAGAAUAGCUAGACAAAGAUAUAUGAAAAUUAAGCUGCCAGUCCCUCAUGAGCAGUCAAUAGUCCAUGGACAUCCAUUCAGCACCUUUGUGUGUCUUUGUGUUUAAUAUUUAUCAAACGAAGAAAUAUUGGAAUUAUACUGAAGCACACUACUGAGUGAGGCAUAUUAGUCUCAGUACUGUCAAUGAUAUAUAGUCAGGUCCAUAAAUAUUCGGACAUCAGCCAAGUCAUUGUUUUUUUUUUUUAGCUGUCUACCACACUAUAUAAGAGUUAGAGAAUAAACUAGAAUAGUAGAAUAAACCACUGAAUAAGAGCUUACUUUGCAGACUUUCAGCUUUAAUUUAAUGAUUUACUCUUUUUGUCUUUUAAGAGACCAAAAGUAAUUGGAAAAAUUUACAUCAAAUACAAAAUUGUCUACUAAAUUUAUAUCUGGUAGACAUCAUAUAAACAGAUAAUGGUCAUCUUCCUUAAUGGUGAUCUGCCUGAUUUCUACUGCAGCUGGCUUCAGUUUCUGCUUGUUCUUAUGUGUUUUGCGUUCAGUAGGUGAAAUGUUUGCUCAGUUGGAUUCAGGUCAGGUGAUUGACAUCAUUUCAUUUCUGUGCCUUUUUUCUUCAAAGUAUGCUUCAAGUCAUUGUCAAUCAUCAGUGUGAAGCAGCGUCCAGUGGAUUUGGGAACAUUUGGCUGAAUCUGAGCAGAUAGCUUUAUACACUUUAGAAUUCAUCCUGCUGCUGCGGUCAAAUUAUCAAUAAAUACAAUUCAACCAGUUCCACUGCUAGACACUAUUCUUCAGCAUUCUUCAGAUCACGAGUAAUUCCUUCCCUUCUACACACUUUUCCCUUCCAUCAUCCUGGAACAAACUAAAAUCUGAUCUUUCUGCUUUUUGCGGCUUACCAAUGGUUUAACUCUGGUGAAGACUUCUCUUGAUUGUUGACUUUGACACAGGUAUUGAGGUCCUGAGUUCACAUUUAAGAAUUCCACAUCUAAUCUUAAUAUUUUUCUGAUGGGUUUGUUUUGAAUUUUCAGUCUAACCAUGGUUUGCUUUACUGGCACUGAAGGCUCUUUGAACUUCAUAUUUAGAGUUAACAGCAACAGAUCGAGAUCUUUUAUCUGCUUAUCUGUAAGUGAAAAUAAUUAAGGGGUUAAUAGACACUUGGCCAUGGGACAGCUGAGCAGCCAAUUGUCCAAUUACCGUUGGUCACUUAAAGAGGAGAAGAUCAGAUAAAAUGUGCUGUAAUUCCUACACCAUUGACCUGAUUUAGUUGUUCAAAUUAUAGCUGAAAGUAUGUGCUUUAGCUAAAAUCACAAGACAUAUGUCAGUGUCUAAUUAUUUAUGGAUCUGACUUUUUUGGGUGAAGUCUGACUUGAAUGUGGCAACAUUGUGUCAUCUUUUUAGCACCUAUAGAUCUUAGAGAACCUGAGUUUUGCUACUGAUCAUAGUUUGCCGGUUUUGAGCUGGUAAUAUUAGAAGCAAAACCAAGUUUAAAGUGAAAUGUAUGCUGCAUGAUAUGUUGACCAUGUUCAGUUACAUUAAUCGGAUAUAUGAUGGCUAAAAAUCAGAUAGAUUGUCUUGUACAAGUCUGCCCAUUACCUUAUUGAAAUUAAGCCCACAGACACACUGUGUUUACGGUAUAAACUGUAGUUAGAAUGGGUAUAAUUGUUGUUUUGCUGAUCUGUGGUACUUCUGCUUUACCUACACUAAUUAGAAUAGUGUAGCUAGAGAUGAAUUGGGUCACUUUGAUGGAAUAGGUUAUCACAGAGAAAUGUUCUGAAUGUAGCUAUGUAGUCGCAGAGUUAACAUUUAAAAAAAAAAUAAAAAUUAACCAAACA